CGGACGGACGGACGGAAACUUCCAGCUGGGCCCGGCGGCUCCGGGAACGCCGUGUUUACAGCCGGGCCGGGGGGGCGGUCCCCGGCGGCACCGCCCCGCCGCGUUCCCGUGACCCCGCCGGACAGCCGCACGUCAUGGUGGACUACUACGAAGCGCUGGGGGUGAGCCGCGAUGCCACUGCCGAAGACAUCAAGAAGGCGUACAGGAAGGCUGCGCUAAAAUGGCACCCGGAUAAAAACCCAGACAACAAGGAGUACGCCGAGCAGAGGUUCAAGGAGAUCGCCGAGGCGUACGAAGUGCUGUCGGACAAGCAGAAGCGCGAUGUCUACGACCGUUACGGCAAGGACGGACUCAUGGGGGCAGGACCAGGGGGCUCCAGGGCCGAUGCUGGGGCCCCUGAAUUCACCUUCACCUUCCGCAGCGCUCAUGAUGUCUUCCGGGACUUCUUUGGGGGGCGAGAUCCCUUUGCUGACUUCUUUGAUGAGAUGCUGCCCUUCUCCGAGCUGCGAGGACCUGGCCCCCGGCACCAUGGGGGAGGCCACUUCUUUUCGCCUUUCCCAGGAUCCUCAGUCCCUUCUCCAGAUUUCUUCGCCUCAUCCUUCGGCUCUGGCGCUGACGCAGGGCUCGGCUUUCGCUCCGUCUCCACCUCCACCACCUUCGUUAAUGGCAGGCGCAUCACAACCAAACGGAUUAUCGAGAACGGACGGGAGAGGGUGGAAGUGGAGGAAGAUGGGGAGCUGAAGUCCAUCCACAUCGAUGGUGUCCCUGACGACAUGGCGCUGGGGCUGGAGCUGAGCCGGCGGGAGCAGCAAGCCUUCCCCAGCCCACGGCCCCCAUCGCCCCCGCCGCCCGCCCCGCACUGGCCCCCGAGCUCCUCUCCCGUCUGCCUCUACACGGACAGCGAGGAUGAGGACGAGGACUUGCAGCUGGCCAUGGCCUACAGCCUCUCCGAGAUGGAGGCUGCGGGGCACCACCAAGCAGGUGUGUUCUGAGGCUGCUGCGCCCAGGGACCGCGCACGCCCAUGGAGGCUCUCCCAGCCAGGACUCCGCUUUGUCCCUGCACGGCCACCCCCUGCCACCCCCUUCCCCCAGCACCCUCUGGCUCCGUGGGAUGGGGAGGGGCAGGGCUUAUGGCCGAGCGAUACCUGGGGCCAGGGCGAGAUGCCCUGGGCACCAUGAGGUGGUGGGGAAGGUGGUGAGGGCGGGGGGGGCGGGGGUGGGGCUGGAGGGAAGGUGGGGGAUGCUGUAGAUUAGGCUGCUGGGGCAGGGGUGGUGGUGGCAGGCAGCGAGGGGCAGCAUGGCUGGGCUCAGCCAGCGGGGCUGGGCUCUGCCCCCCUCCUCGCUGUAGCCCUCCCUCCCUGACCCCCUUCUGCUGACAGCCGUCAAUAAAUCUGUUUGCAGUA